UGCCUCGCCUUUCUGGAGGGUACCUCCACGGGAGAUGCCGCCUCCGAAGAAGACAACACGCGACUCGAGUCUGGUAGUCGGUGCGGCCUACUCCCAUGCCGACAUGCUCAACAGAAGCCCUUUGGGGUCGGGUGGGCGCCCAAAGACCCCGCCAUCGUCAUCGUCUGACCGGCCUGGGACCAACUCCCCAACGAGAAAGGCGAGCUCGAGAGUCUCAGCACCGCCUAUCAAGUCGUACGUAAACUUUUUGUCCAGCACCAACGACGACUGGACUGCCGACGAUGCCGAGGACAUGUACGCCUACGAGUCGGACGACGGCGACGAUUUCGGCCUGCCGAGUCUGUCCAACAUGAAGCGGAGGACAAGGCGGAAGGCGGAACAAAGCCGGGCACAGACCGACGACGGGCUCGGCCAUGACGACAGCUUCCACGACGUGCGUCCCCGACGAAACUCGGACAGCGCCGACAUUGCCAUCGAGCGGCCGGCGUCAAUAUACCCCAUGCCCAAGAAAAGUGAGGGUAAAAUAUUACGACCGCAAUACAAAGAAAUACUACGCGAUCCAGCCAAUGCGCUCCACUUAAUCAACUACCCAUCCAUACCACUUAAUGCCACUCCGAAGGAGAUUGACGCCAUCAAUUCGCGAAUAACAAGGAUAAACAAGUUCAAGCGCCUGCUGCAAGCAUCAACAAUACCACUCUCUGACCUCCGCGCGCUAGCAUGGUCCGGCGUACCGGAGGAAGUUCGCGCCAUGACAUGGCAGCUCCUGCUCAGUUACCUACCCACCAGCAGUGAGAGGAGGGUCGCCACACUUGAAAGGAAGCGGAAAGAGUACCUCGACGGCGUCCGGCAGGCUUUUGACCGGGGAGGCGGGCCCUCCACACCGUCAGGGCGGAGCGGGCGCGGGCUGGAUGAAGCCAUCUGGCACCAGAUCAGCAUCGACGUGCCGCGGACGAACCCGCACAUCGAGCUGUACACGUACGAGGCGACGCAGCGGUCGCUCGAGCGCAUCCUGUACGUGUGGGCGGUGCGGCACCCGGCGAGCGGGUACGUGCAGGGCAUCAACGACCUGGUGACGCCCUUUUGGCAGGUGUUUCUGGGCACCUACAUCACCGACCCGGACAUUGAGCGGGGGAUGGACCCGGGCCAGCUGCCCAGGGCGGUGCUGGACGCGGUCGAGGCCGACUCGUUCUGGUGCCUGACCAAGCUCCUGGACGGGAUCCAGGACCACUACAUUGUCGCCCAGCCGGGGAUCCAGCGGCAGGUGUCGGCGCUGCGCGACCUCACGGCCAGGAUAGACGCCGGCCUGGCCAAGCACCUCGAAAAGGAGAACGUCGAGUUCAUCCAGUUCAGCUUCCGCUGGAUGAACUGCCUCCUGAUGCGCGAGAUUAGCGUCAAGAACACGAUUAGGAUGUGGGAUACGUACAUGGCCGAAGAGCAAGGCUUUUCAGAGUUCCACCUCUACGUGUGCGCCGCCUUUCUGGUAAAGUGGUCCGACAAGCUGGUGAAGAUGGAUUUUCAAGAAAUCAUGAUGUUCCUCCAGUCGCUACCGACGCGCGACUGGACCGAGAAGGACAUUGAGCUGCUGCUUAGUGAGGCCUACAUCUGGCAGAGCCUGUUCAAGGGCUCGUCGGCGCACCUGCGGGGACCAGAACCACGGACGCCAAGCGCAAAUUUUCAGCUCUAGCAGGCUAUCGGGUUAGAGGCGGAUAUCCCUUAUUCAGCGCCUUUUUGAUUUAGAUGCAUGGUGUCUUGGGAGGGGAAGGAAAAGGCGCGUGAAUGAGUGCAUGGCAUGGUUCGGCAUGACAAUAGUGACAAAAAUACAGCAAAGCUCAACAGAGCUGGAUAGCAUUUAAUACCCAGACGUUUGAAUGUCAAAAGCAAUUGGAG